GUGUACGUUAAUUUAGGUCAUCAAUUAAUACACAUCAGACGUAAACAAAUUGCACAGUGCAUACUGAAUGUGCAUUGCUGCACAUGGUGUGCAUAGAUAGUACAAGUUCAUGCAAACUAUCAACCAAUAUCUGGUGUAUAAAACCGGGCAUAGAUCGUACAUAUUUUCGUAUAAAUAUGGCUCAAAGACUGUAAAUGUUGAAAAGCGAUAUUGAAAUUUGUGAGGGCGUAAAACUAAAAGAUGCUCAAUGAAACCACAGUUACAGAGGGCUCAAAGAGAGUGAAAGAAAAGAAGAUCUAUUCAGAGGAAGGUAUUGACGAUGAUGAGAUUGAAGGGAAAAGAACGUACAGUGUGGAGGAAAAACUUAAAUCCACGAAAUACAACAAAGAAUUUGUUAAAAUAUUGAAAGGGGAAGAUUUUACUGUAAAGUAUCUACAAGAACAUGGAUUAGAGACACCAAUUGUUUUCCAUGAAAAGAGUGGUCUAGGUUUACGGGUACCCAGUGAGAACUUUAAAGUCAGUGAUGUCAAGCAGUGUGUGGGGAGUCGCCGGAUGCUUGAUGUAAUGGAUGUUAAUACACAGAAAGGAAUUGAGAUGUCCAUGAGAGACUGGGUCCAGUAUUAUGAGAAUACAGAAAGGUCAAGGUUACUGAAUGUCAUCAGUUUAGAAUUUAGUCACACCAAGUUAGAGAACUAUGUGGAAUCACCAGCUUUGGUCAGACAAGUGGAUUGGGUGGAUACAGUAUGGCCAAGACACUACAAAGACUGUCAGACAGAAUCCACAAACAUUAUUGACAAGAUGAAAUACCCAAAAGUUCAAAAGUAUUGUCUGAUGAGUGUGAAGGGAUGUUAUACAGAUUUCCAUGUAGACUUUGGUGGUACCUCUGUCUGGUAUCAUAUACUACACGGGAAAAAAGUAUUUUGGUUAAUUCCACCAACACCAAAAAACAUGGAAAUCUACUUAACCUGGGUGUUGUCAGGGAAACAAGGUGACAUUUUCUUGGCAGACAAGGUUGAGGGAUGUGAGAGAAUUACACUGCAUGCUGGGUACACUUUCAUCAUACCAUCAGGUUGGAUUCAUGGAGUAUACACUCCUGAAGACUCUUUAGUGUUUGGAGGUAAUUUUCUGCACAAUUACAACAUGGAGACACAGUUAACCGUGUCUGAUAUUGAGGACAGAACACAUGUGCCUCAUAAAUUUCGGUAUCCAUUUUAUGCAGAAAUAGCAUGGUAUGUUUUGGCUCAAUAUUUGUGCUGUCUGACAGGGAAACAGUGCAUUGAGCUUCCAUCUGAGAAUCAGGAGGAUGAGAAACCAGAUUGUCAGGAUGAUUCUCGACCUUCAUCACGAUGUUCACAAGAAAAUGGACAAAUGGAAUCAAAAAAUUCUCCAGAAAUUGGAACUUCAAAUAUUUCAAAAAGUAUCAAAAUAGAACUCACUAGAAUAGACCACCAAACUGUGAAAAAAUCUCCUUCUGCUGAUGACGAAAAAUCAGCUACCAAGUUGAAACAAUCACCACGAAAAUCCACAUCGGAUAGUUGUAGUUCUGCAGACACUGAAAUAUAUGAAAGACCAGAUGAUAUUGCUGGUCACCAUGGUGAUAUUGAUUUUUCAAAUGUAUCAAAAGAAAUCACUUCCAAAGCAAGCAAAUUGAAAAUGAAUGAGGAUUCAAACAGUUCGUCAGGAUCCAUUGAAAUCAGACGACCGAAACGAGAACGUAAGAAUGUUCAUUUAACGAAGUGGGAGAUUAAAGGAUUGAAAAAAAUGAUUGAAUGGUUGGAAGACUUGCCUUCAUCUAAGAAAGGUAUCCCAAAAGAUCUGAUUGAUCCUGAGGGUGUACUCAGAGAUGCAAAACAAUUGGUAAUAGAUCAUCUUCAGGACAAUGCACAGCUUGCAAUCACAGGAGAGGCCAUUACUUACUGGCCACCAUCAAAGAAGGCAAUCAAGCCAAAAAAACAAUAUACUUCGUCUGGACAGAAAGCACCAAAAGCUGCAAAGGGAAAAUUACAGAAGUCAGAGGUUGUUCGUCGUCGGAGAACAAGGUGUAAGAAAUGUGAACCAUGUACACGAUCAGAUUGUGGUGAAUGUAAUUUCUGUAAAGAUAUGAAGAAGUUUGGCGGAUCAGGCAGAAUGAAACAGUGUUGUAAGAGCAAGCAGUGUCUCUCUCCUGUAUUACCACACAAUGCCACCUGUCUGAUUUGUAACAAAGCUGACCAACCAGAACCCAACCAGUUAAUGGAGUGCAGUUUGUGUUGGGAGAUCAUCCACGUUCCUUGUUUACAUCAGAAGUACGAGAACUUAAACAGUGAAGGUGUUAUCAAUGAAGAUAUCCGACAACAAUGGGAAUGUCCCAAGUGUUUACAUGAUACAUCAAAGGGACCACUACAGCUUAGGGUUAAAACUGAAGUAAAAAAUGAGGAUCCAAUAGCAGCACCAACAGUAUCAAUACCUGAUGUAAAAAAUACACCAAAGGAAACUGAAGGAAAACGGGUUACAGUCAAGGAGCAGAUGCACUCGCCAAUCUCCUAUGCUAGUGAAACAGAUUUAGAUGAAGUGGCUUUAGAAAUGGAAUGUUAUGAUGAUAGAGCUGUAUCACCACAAAAAGUAACAACAGACAACCAGGAACCAAACAAAGGGAAGAAAGAUGUCCUGAAAAAGAAGUUGACAGCGAAAAGAAAAAUUACUGAAGGAGUCAAAGAGAAAAAGUCAUCACCAGCGAUUUCUAAACAGAGAUCUCCUCUUAAAAUGAAGAAGUCCGUAACAAAUGUCAAAGCUUCUCCAUUAAAGAAAACCAUCAAACCUGACGACCAUGGUGAUGUUAUUGAUCACCCUCUACCAACGUCAGAGGAAGUACAAGGGACACCCAAGGGAGAUAACCCAAAAACCAAUGGAGUUGCAAAAACACCAGAGUCUGUCAAAACUAGAUCUGGACGAACCAUAAAAAGGUCACCGAAUCUGAGCGAUGAAAAUAUGACAUCAGAUCACAUGGCUAAGCGACCUAGACGUGAGGCUCUUACAUCACCAAGGGGAAGACGGCUUUAUGGAUUCAAAAAGUUCAGGAGGUCUGCUGGGUCAAAAGUCAGAAAGAAAUUGUCAACAGAGGCAUUAGAUAUGGUUGAAAAUGUAAUGGACGUUGAUGUUCCUUCUACUUCAUACAUUGAACAUGGAGCCAAUCAUACACCUUCAAAAUCAGGUUUUAGAGGUCAAGGUCAAGGAAGGAAAAGAAAAAAACUAAUUGAAAGUACACCAAAUGAUACUAACGAUUUGCAUAAACCAAGUAAAUUGUUUGCACCGGGAAGAGGGGACAUAACUCCUGAAGUAAUACCACCACUUAAAAUAGAACCUCUGAAAGAUAUAAAGCGAUAUGUGAUACGUCCCCCACCCCCACCUCCACCAGCCGACUACUUUGUAAUGAAUAAUGGGAAAAAUCAUCCACUUUGUAGAGAAAUAUGGAUGAAAAUAUUUGCUCAUCUAAAUCCCACAUCCUUAGUUAAAAGUUUGGGAUGUUGUAAGACUUGGAAUAGAUGGUGCAUGCAUCAUACAUUAUGGAAAACUAUUAAUCUCAGCGGAAAAUACAUUUAUCAAGUUCAUUUGAUUGGCAUUGUGAAACGACAGCCAUCUACAUUGAUUCUAAAAUCAUCAAAACUUACACACAAACAAUUAGCUUGGUUGUUAGCUAGAAUUCCUCAGCUGAAAACUCUUUCUUUGUCGUCAUGUUCGUGGGCCGUUGUUAGUGCAUUAGGAUUUGCUAUUUGUCCUCUAUUGUAUUCUCUUGAUAUCAGUUGGAUAACGAUGUCUGACGAACAGUUUCGGGACAUUAUUCGUCCACCAGCAGACAGACAUCCUGGGAUGGUAGAUAUUAGUCGUCUGCAUAAAUUAAAACAUCUUUCUGUAGCAGGGACAGAAAUUUCUAAUACAUCGCUAUCAGAAAUUCCUAAUCAUUUAACAUCACUAGAGAAAUUAGACAUCAGCUAUUGCCCGAGGAUGACAGACGACGGUAUCCGACAGUUACUGUUGCCAGGCAACCCUGUGACUCAGUCUUUGAUUGCCUUGGAUAUAAGUGGAUGCACAAAGAUCACGGAUCGUGCAGGAGAUUCAUUCCAACAUUGCACACAAUUACAAACAGUUAAGAUGGCUUCCUCUCCACAUAUCUCGGCAAAGAUUAGGAAGAAAUGUCCUGUUGUCUCGUUUAUCACACAGUCAUCAUUCCAGAUCUCAUGAUUUAUCACAUGAUAUUUUAAUUUUGAUAGUGCUUAGCAAAAUAGGAAAGAUUAGUACUUAUUGCUGUUUGGCAAAUUACUUUCAGGAGUAAUUAGAGUAGUUAGAGCAUAUAAGUGCAUAACACUAUAUAUAUAUAUGAAAGAACUUAAAAUACAAGCUUAAUUUUGUCCUUUUGUUAAUUUACCACAACUGUCAAACCAAGAGAGUUGAAGUGUAUUAUAAAAGUUCAGAUGAAGUGACCUUGUGAAAUAGAAGGUCAAGCAUAAUUUUAUCAGUUAGUGAUUACCCGUUGCCAAGAAUAAUAGGUUCAAAGAAUAAAGGUUGAAGUUUAUGUGGCAUCAAAAAAAAAGUAAAGCUAAACUAAAGGUUUUCACUUUGAACAGAGUGUGUUAUGCCCUUUAGAAGUGUUGACUUUUCCUGACCAUAUCGCCCACUCUCUUUGACUCUACAGAAUAAUUUACCAUUUUUAAGUUCCAGCAUAAAACACAGGUACUCUGUAAGAUUUAUAAGGUAACAUUUACCUUAUGUAUGUAUGUUAUCAUGCUUCUGUUUUGUAUCUUUAUUGAGAUCAUGUUAUAUAUUUUUAUGAUUACUUUUUAUAGUCUUUUGCAAAUUUAUUUAGUAUUGGUGUCCACAAUUUCGUGCAUAGUUUUCCAACUUGAGCCAAAGAGGGAGUUUAUCAAUAUGCAAGCAAAACUAAGAAGUGUAACCUAUAUUUCAUUUCCAUAUUCAUAUCUAUGGUUAUGCAAUCUUGUCCUCUUUAUCAAUAGAUAAGUUUCAAAUGACAUAAUUUGAGUUCUAAAUUAGUUAUUUUUCUUGGCCGCCAUUUUGGAGGGAUCAACGGUUGAUUUUCUUGUUCGAAAAACCAAAUUGAAACAUGCCAUACAACAAAGUAUAAGAGAUUGUGAUGAAUUAAGCAAGGCUAAAAGAAAUAAAAUUUGUUCAGAAAAAUACUUUUUCUAAAGUCUAGUUGUCAGUAUAACAAGUUGAAUUUUACUACUUUAUGAAGGAAUUUGUGCACUUAGACCUCCAAACUGGUAACAAAAGGGAAGUAACUCUCUCUGAAAUUGUGUCAAUUGAAACCUUUCUAUACAAUAUGAAAUAUAGGUCACUAGGAUAUGUUUAGGUUUACAAUCUUCAAUACCAAAUUACUUACGGUAAUAUCUUUCUGAUGGAGGCAGGUCUUCCUUCUUAUGUUUCAUUCCAGAUUAAUACGACAUGUUAUGUUUUGAUAUUCUUAACUAUAUUUUAUAUACAUCAAUAAUUAACGAUAGCAGUUGUUGAUACUUUAUAGUUUAUGAUGAUUUUACUUUUAGGGAAUUUUUGUUGUACACAUGUAUUUUGUAAACAUACUUUUUCUACCUCCUUUUAAAAAUUUUUGUGGUCGUAUAUUGGUAUGACGUUGGCGUCGUCGUCGUCGUCCGAAGACACAUUGGUUUUCGCACUCUAACUUUAGUUUAAGUGAAUGGAUCUCUAUGAAAUUUUACCAUAAGGUUCAAUACCACAAAAGGAAGGUUGGGAUUGAUUUUGGGGGUUAUGGUACCAAUAGUUAAGGAAUUAGGGCCCAAAAGGGGCCAAAAAUAAGCAUUUUUGUAACUUCCAGACAUAACUUGUGUGUUAGUGUAUGGAUCUCUCUGACAUUGUACCACAAGGUUCCAUAUCACAAAGGGAAUGCUGGGAUUGAUUUUGGGGGUAAUUGCCUCAAAACUUUAGGAAUUAGGGGCCAAAAAAGGGGCAAAAAACAAGCAUUUUUCUAGUUUCAUGACAAUAACUUGUGUGUAAGUGUAUGGAUCUUUCAGAAAUUGUACUACAAGGUUCCAUAUCACAAAGGGAAAGCUGAAAUUGAGUUUGGGGGUAAUUGCCAAACACAUUUAGGAAAAAGGGGCCAAAAAUAAGCAUUUUUCUAGUUUCCAGACAAUAACUUGUGUUCAAGUGUAUGGAUCUCUCUGAAAUUGUACUGCAAGGUACCAUACCACAAAGGGAAGGCUGGGAUUGAUUUUUGGGGUAAUUGCCUCAAAAUUUUAGGAAUUAGGGGCCAAAAAGGGGAAAAAAACAAGCAUUUUUCUAAUUUCAGGACAAUAACUUGUGUGUAAGUGUAUGGAUCUUUAUGAAAUUGUACUACAAGGCUCCAUAUCACAAAGGGAAAGCUGGGUUUGAGUUUGGGGGUAAUUGCCCUAAACGUUUAGGAAUUUGGGGCCAAAAAGGGGCCUAAAAACAAGCAUUUUUCUAGUUUCCAGACAAUUAACUUGUGUUCAAGUGUAUGGAUCUCUCUGAAAUUGUACUGCAAGGUACCAUACCACAAAGGGAAGGCUGGGAUUGAGUUUUAGGGGUGAUGAAUCAUAAGGGGUUCAAAAAAUUUGGGGGGAGGGGAUUUUUUUUUCCUUUUUUUUUCUUUAAAAUUUUCCAUUUUAAAUUGGUUAUUUCUGAUUUAUAUAUAAAAGCAAAUAAUAAUGAUAUGGUUUGAAUAGGUAAAUUAAAAAAUUUUAAGUUCUUAGACCACAUUCAUCCUGUGUCAGAAACCUAUGCUGUGUCAAAUAUUUAAUCACAAUCCAAAUUCAGUGCUGUAUAAAGCUUGAAUGUUGUGUCCAUACUUGCCCCAACUGUUGAGGGUUCGACCUCUGCGGUCGUAUCAAGCUGCGCCCAGCGGAGCAUUUUAUUUCAAUUCAUUGCCGCUGUAUCAAAAAUCUAACCUGAAGUGUCUCUAUGCUUUCUUGAAAACUGAAAAAGCCAGGAAUUUUUUAAAGUUAUUCCAGGCCUUGAAAUGCCUAAGAUUUCCAUGAAAAUGAGUUGUUGGAUCCUGGGAAAAGUCUAUGAUUUUGAACAUUUAGAAGCAUGGUUCUUGUCACUAGUUUUUUGUUUAUUGUAUGAAGUUCAAUAAUAAAAAGAUAGUUUAUUUGCA